AGUGGGCCGCCGUCCGGCGCUGACCGGCGCUGAGCGGACAGCUGACUAUCCCGCCGUGUAGCCAUGCUGGGCACCCUGCUGCUAGUGCUGCUCUGUGUGCUGCUGGGCGUCGUGCUCACGCUGGUCGUGCAGUACUAUGUGCUGGAAAACUACUUCGAGAGCCUACCCAUUGUCGGGCCCACCGACAAGCCGACCGUCACGCAGCCGCGUCUGCCCGAGGAGCUGGCUGACGAGGUGCGCAAGGAGACCUACCAGCGGAAGGAGACGUGUCUGGCCAUCAACCUGCUGGUGCAGAUGUUGUUCGGCGACCUGGUGCACACGCCGCGCCUCCGGCUCUGGGUCCUCAACAAGAUCCACCUGGAGUUCCAGGAGCUGAUGGCGCGCACCAGCGUCGGCAAGCUCUUCCACAACAUCAGGAUCAACGAGCUGGACCUGGGCGGUCAGAUGCCCGUGUUCAAGAGCGUGACGACGCAGUACGUGUCGCUGCACCCGGUCACCCAGACCAUCGAGCAGCUGGACCUCAAAGUGGACGUCGAAUACAACGGCGGCCUCAAGCUCAGCAUCCUGGCCGACAUCGUCCUCAGCCGCAAGGGCUUCGUCUUCCUCAAAAUUAACCGUCUGUCGGGUCAGGUGCUGUUGCGCUUCUGCCGGCGCCCGUUCUCCCACUGGGCGUACAGCUUCAUCGGCGACCCGACCAUCGAGGUGGAGGCCGAGAGUCAGUUCCAGGGCCGGCCGCUGCCGCGCGUCACCGCCGUCAUCGUGCGGCAGAUAAAGCGCACUCUGCGUAAGCGACACACGCUGCCCAACUACAAGCUGCGCUACAAGCCUUUCUUCACGUCCCGGCUGCAGCAGCUGUCGCCGGAGCCGCCGGAGACGCCGCCGGGAGGCCAGCUGGAGGUGACACUGAAACGGCUCUCCCGGCUGCGGCCCAGCGGGCAGCUGUCGCACGUCUACUGCCGGCUGGCCGUGGGUUCUGAGCCGCUGCUACUGGACACGUCUCACGUGCAGUGGACCCAGGAGUCGAUCCCGGUGCCGGCCCACCCGGGCCUGGCAGUCGGCCUGCUCGUGCGAGACACCUUCGUCAUGGAGAAACAGUGCAACUGCAUCACCGUGUUCAUAGUGGUGCACAACGCGCCCGCCUACAAGGCAGGCCUCAAAGCCGGCGACAUUGUCGACUCGGUGGACGGAGAGCCGGUGCGGGACCUGGCCACGGCCAACCGACUGCUGCGGCAGCCGCACCGCGACAUCACCGUGCGCGUGCUGCGCAUGACAGAGACCAAGUUCAGCUCCCGGCGGGCGGCCACCGUGUCCAGCUCUCGGCCCGCCACGCGGCCGCCGCCGCCGACCCCGGAGCGGCGGCUGCACAGCUCCGUCUCCGAGUCGGUGCUGACCGACGACUCGCCGGUGCGCCGGCGCCGCGGCACGCGCAGCGUCUGCGGUCCCAGCUCAGUCGGGGACCGGGAGGACAGCAGCUCCGAAAUCAGCCUACCCGCCGCCAUACAAAACUGCAUCUCCGACCAGGAGAAGGCCACCAAACUGGUUCGAUGGAAUGAGGACCCGGUGUUCAACGAGUCGUUCCAGUUCGCCAUCGGCCCGCCGCACCGGUACCUCAACAUCAGCGUGCUGGGUGUGCCGGAGCAGCCGUCAGCCGGCUCCGGCGGGGACGGCGCGGCCGCCGCCGGCCAGGACGUGCUGCUGGCGCGGCUGAGCGUGCCGCUGUCGGACGUGGUGACCGCCUGCCGGCUGACCGCCAUGGGCCACCACGUGGAGACGUGCCGUCUGCUGCCGCCGUCGACGGCCGCCGUCAGGGAGGUGGACCACGAGCUGUCGGUGUUCAACGCGUUCGAGCCGACGUUCUGUUUCGGCGACUGCCUGCUGUCGUUUGUGUUCGGGGCCGGCGCGGCCGACGCGGGCAGCGACGGCGACUCGUUGGCCGAGGAGGACGCCUCCGCCGUCACCUUGGAGAGGAUGGAGGUGGAGGAGUCGGACCCGGAGGACGACGACGAGCCGCUGGAGAUCCGCGUCGGACACAAGUUCGCCAGGAUGAGGUUCACCGCCUCCACAGAGUGCGACUUUUGCAAACGGAAGAUCUGGCUGAAGGACGCGUUUCAGUGCUCUGCCUGCAUGAUGACCUGUCACAAGCGGUGCAUCUCUCGCUGUCAGAGCCAGACCACCUGCCAGGUGGAGCUGAACCGCGGCUGGCGAGACUCCAUCUCGGACAGUCACGUGCCAGAGAUCGUCACCAGCUCUGAGGACGCCGCGGAGCCCUCCGACAAGAAGCGCCGGCGGCGGCUCAACACUCUGAUGGCCACGCUGGGCUCCGCCGGCCUGAAGCGGACGGGCUCGGCACAGAACCUGGCGCCGCCCUCUGCCGGCCUACAGCGCGGCCUGUCCGCCAGCCUGCCGCCGUCACCGCAGCGCUCACCGGCGGCCAGCAGGAAGAGCUCGCUGACGGCGGGCUCGCCGUUCGCGGCCGGCGCCGGCGGCGAGUGUGACAGUGACGAAGAGCUGGACGUGGCGCUCUCCAACAUGCAGAGCUGCGCCAACAACGAGAACCUGGUGCUGGCGGCGCGCGAGCUCGGCUGCCAGCUCUACUGCGAGAUGGAGCCGGCCGCCCGCCGAGACAGACUCGAGAACAUGGUGUCGAAGCUGCAGGCGGAGCUGGACUCUGAGGAGAGUCGCCGCCAGGAGUUGCUGCGCGCUGACCGGCAGGCCGACGGGCCCACCACGCACACGCGCUGCGCCCUGCUGCUCGCCCAAUCCGACGAGAAGACCAAGAUGCUCGGCAUCCUGAUGGUCUACUACAACGCCGGGCUGCGCGACGCGCUGGCGGCCGCGCCACCGGCCUGA